AUGUCAUGUUUUUUUCUCCACCAGUGGGGCAGACACGAAGUACUCCAAACAUUGACGAAGAAUCUAACCGUAGACCAAGAGGUAGACCUCCGAGAAUUGUCUGAGCGCACCGAGGGGUACACUCCCGCCGAUCUCAAGUCCUUACUGGUCACGGCGCAGCUGACAAGACUAGAGAAACAAUUGGCUCACAACGACGACACGACAUUGGGGUCCGUGGUGGUGCAGCAAGAAGACAUCGAUGGAGCUUUGGAUGAAACCAAACCUUCGCUGUCGAGAGAACAAUUACUGUUCUACGAUAUGAUAUACAAAAGGUUCCGAGGCGAGACUCUGACGUCCGAACAGAAGAUAAUGGCCGGCCGGUUUGAGAAGCAACGCGCCACUUUGGCUUAAAAGAUACAUAUAGAGAGAGAAUAAUUGACACAAAAUGAGUUUCUCGAAUUGUGCGAUUAUUUUUUAAAUAAUAAUGUACGAGUCAUUUUUACUUAGGGGAAAAAAAAUAAAAAUGCGA